AUGGCGACGCCCAGUGAGCUGUCUCUCGAAGAGAUUCGCCAAUAUAUAUUGGAAAACGGGGGUACUGCCCGCAAUCACGACGUGGUGAAGCACUUCAAGAAGUUCCUCACGGAUCCGGAAACUCGAGUGGGAGCACGGAAUCGUUUCAAGGAAUAUGUAAACACCCUGGCAACUAUAAAGAACGAAGAGGGUGAGAAAUAUUUGGUUUUGAAGAAGAAGUAUCGCCAGAAUCCCGUCGAACCAUUGUCCACGGAACAAAUCGGAUCACCGAUCGUCACUCCUGACCUAGCCACCCCGGUUUCUCCUUUACGUGUUCCACCACCUUACCGACCCCCACCUCCCGCCCCCCUCAGUCCUCCGGGGAAUAACUCGAACACGCACCGCGAGGAGUCGUGUUCGAAUUUCACCCGCGACGAGGCCUGUAUCAAUGCGCGGAAAAAUGGCGUUGAACGUGUCGAGACCGGAUUUUCAACGUCGUCGCCUCCCGUGCCGCCUCGCCGUAAAAGUCAAGAUAAGAUCAAGAUCGAGAAUAAGGAGAACGUCGACAGGAAUAGGGGAGGAUCAGAGGCGGUUAUCAAGGAAGAUGAGGCUGUCGCGGCGAAUCCGGGCUCAACCGAGCAAUUAAGCUUCCGCGAGCGGAUGCAACGUUUCAACCGGAUGGCCAGCGAGACCGAUCUCCAAGGCAGGCCUAAUGGUUCUGUAACACCUACUAAAAAGCGAUCAGACAAGGGCGCCGAAGAGGAUGACAGCGCUUCCGUUGCCUCGCAACUGGACGGGAAGUCACGGGAGUGGUUGGUCAGAGCGGCGCAAGGGGAUUAUCAGGCAUUGGCGAAACUGGCCGCGGAAGAACCUCGACUCACCAGGCUCAAGACGGCGUUGCACUGGGCGGCUAAGCACGGGGACGAGGACAUCGUGAAGCUGAUCGCGGGUACCUACAAGGAGUACAUCAAGAGCGUUAAUGAGACGACGGUGAGUGCAUAA